UAAUAAUAAAACAUUUUGGUGUGUUUGAUUUCAGAGACAUGGCUGCUUCUAUUGUAUUCAUGUCCAAAACUUCACUACCACAGUUCAACGGUCUCAGACCCACAAAUUCGGUCUCUCCGGUUCAGAACCUGGUGAUGAGUAGUCGCUGCCGUGGAAAUGGAGCUUUGGGUGCUCGUUGCGACUUUAUUGGCUCAUCCACCAACUUGAUAAUGGUGACAUCGACAAGUCUGAUGCUGUUCGCAGGACGGUUUGGAUUGGCACCAACUGCAAACAGGAAGGCUACAGCAGGGCUUAAGCUGGAAGCUAGGGAUUCUGGUCUUCAGACUGGGGAUCCGUCUGGUUUCACAUUAGCCGACACUGUCGCUUGUGGUACUGUUGGUCAUAUUAUUGGGGUUGGUGUUGUUCUUGGUCUCAAGAACAUUGGUGCCAUUUGAAUUGAAUAUGUAAAGAAUAUUCUCUAAUAGAACAAAUGUUGAUAGCCAUGAUUAAACAUGAAAAUGCAAAAUCUGUUGAGACUUAA